CUAUGUGUGUUGUGCGCAGAUCCUUAAAUAACCCCAGUCACCUGUUCUUAACAACCUUCAAAAGAAAGAAAGUAGACAUCAUGGGAGCAUCUUCCUCUGGCUUGCUGGAUGAGGCCAAAAUCAGCUACAUCAAAGGACUGGUUGAUGGUACAUUCCAGAGCUUCAGUGACUUUUACCGUCAACAGUACUCUGUAGCCUACCUUGGACACUUACACCAGGAGGUGGAGCCUAAGAGAGAGGGGAGGGGGUUAUUGCUUACACGGAGGCCUCAGUAUUCUCCUGAGGAGGUGCUGUAUGAAGGGAGCAUUAAGUUCUCCAACUGGGAUGAGCAGCUAAAGAAAUGCAGAGAGAGAUACAUAAUUCUGCGAAGAGACUACAAAGCAGAGAUACAUGACAGCAUGGAGACUUUCAACCGUGGAUGUGUGGCUAAGAUGGUCCUCCAGCUAACGGGAGCAAUUGUGUUCACCAAUGAUGACGAAUCAAGAGCUCACCUUGAGAAAACCUGUGCCGGAAUACUGAAUGGAGUAAAGGAGGACUCUUCUUCUGCAGUCGUUAAUCCAGAUGCAUUUGCUGUGCAUCUCCACUUGGCUUACACUGGCCACACCUGCUUCCUGUUUCAACAAGAGGAGGAGCGAGAUCACUUCCUGUCUGGCCUGAAGACCUGUAUUAGACAUCGCAACCUUGACCCGUGGUGUAAUUCAUCAUAUGAGAGUCAAGCAUAUGCACGAGCCUUCCGACUCUACCGACAAGAGAAAGGAUGCUAUGAAUCCUGGGAAAUGCUGCUGGGCACUGAGGAACAAGUGCUAGCCUCCCAGGUGAUGGAGGAAGUGUUGCCAUGGUUACACAGUCAGCUUCAGUCCAGGAUAAAAGGCAAGAAGACUGAAAAGAUACGGCAAUGGCUCGCAACAGUGCAAGCAACCCACACGUUGGUGCUGGAAAAGCUGACUGCAGGUCUGGAGGCUCUGAAGAAGGAGUGCCGUGAGACAGCAUCAGACAAUCAGGCGCUCAUCAGAUCCAAUCUGGACCAGAUAAUGUCCUCUCACUUGUUCCUGGAGCAAAAAGUCAGAGCAUGUGUAUGUGAAGAGGCAGAGAAAGUGUGCAGUGAGUCUGUAGCACCCUACAUGUCCUCUAUCCUUGAAGCACUUACCGAGAACAUAAGCGGAGGUAUUCUUGGGAUGCAGCGCACACUGAAAACACAGAUGGAUUCGGCCUUUUUACACAGAAACGAAGGGACAGAGGAGACAAAGAAGGCCUUGUCCAGUCUACGAUCAAUGCGUCUAGAUCAGUGCUACAAGCAGGUGGAGAACCUGACAGAGAAACUCGAAGCCUUAAAAGAGCGAUUUGGAUUGAGCAGCAUUCAUAGACUGGUUCACUAUGCAAGUCUGGAGAUGGAGCUGUUGCUGGACAGUGCUGUCUACACCUUGGAACAGUUCCUCCAGUCAUCAGCCAGACUGCAGCCCACUCAGGUUCCUGUUAAGUUGAACAGGGCUACAGAAAGAGUGCUGAAGCAGCUGGACUAUGACAGCAGGGUAGUCCAGAGGAGGCUGUACGAGGAAGCCCUGCUGGAGAUCACUCUGCCUACUCUCACCAGGAAGAUGGACAGCAAGUGGAAAACUGAGCUGCAACAGUUUGAGCAGUACAUUUUCGCUGACUACAGCAGUUUUAUCCUGGUUCAUAACAUUUACGAUGAUGUUCUGAAAACCAUUCUCAGCAAGCAGAUAGAGACAGCUGUCCAGGAUGCAGCUAGUAAGAAGAGCAACAAUCUCCUGUUGGACACUUCAGAUCUUGCAAUUAGUCAGUACAGUUUGCUGGGACAGACGCCUCCAAACUCUGCACCAGACAGCCCAUCCGUUCAUGCCCGACAGUCCUCCUCAGGCAUGCCCACUGAUGAUCAAGAAACUAUUUCUGCAGUGGAAGAAAAAAGUCAGACAGUUGAUGUUUGUCCCCAGAGCAAGACAGAAGGUAACACUGAUAGUGAAUGUGACCAGACACAUGUCUCUGACCAGAGCACAGUGCUUCUUUCUCCAGUCAUUAUCGUGACACAACAGUUGGGUGAAACUGGCAGCAAAGAGGACCUGUUCCUGAAGGAAACCAUAGAAGUUCAGAUCACAACUGAUGCAGCAACAGAGCCAACAAUAGCAAACAGAUCAGACACAAACGCAAAUGUUACAUAUGAAGUCAAUGCACCCAAGUUAUCUGCUGAACAAGGACCGACCAUCCCAGACUCUCUGGAGUCGUCCCCUCUGGUCUCACCUCAGACAACAGAGAUCCAAGUUCAAAGUGAACCUGCUAUGCCUGACCUUUCAGUCUCAAAUCAGCCAUCAGAAGAGGAUUCUUCCAUCCAGCCUGCCUUACCAUCACACCCACCUGAUGCAGAUAGUCCAGUAAAAAUCAGCCUCGGAUCACUAAGUGAGGCAAUUGCUUGCAGUUCCUCAGAACCUUCUGUUAUGCCAAUGAUGGGACAGCAGACCACUGACAGAGCAGUCUAUUUGACAGGAGAACUUAAAGACAAUUGGGAGGUGGAGAGAGUAAAAGAGGAGAAACACAAAGAUGAAGCAGAAAUUGAGGGGCAUGAGACAAUUCAAGCACAGGAAGAACAGAGAGAGAAAGAAGAGGUAACAGAGGAAGAAACAGGUGAGGGGCAGAUGGAGAUCCAAACAGGAGGUGAGCCUGCUGAUGACAGCUCAUCUGGAUCACCAGUGGAGACCGCCACUGCCUUAAACACAGAGCAGAAAAAGAAUAAAGAGAUGAUGGAGGAAGAAGUGCCAAGCAGUGAACUCAGGAUUGAAAAUAAAAAGGAUGAAGAUGAAGCAGUCACAGAGAAAGGAGAUUCUACAGAAGAAAAAAAAGAAGAGGAUAAACCAGUGGAGAGUGCUAAUGAGCUACCAUCGGACAGCGUGGCUUGCAUCAGAGAACUUGUGGUUGAGAUUAUUGAGAUAGAAACAACAGUCUCCCCUGUUGCUGACAGCAGCAACAAUCUCUGAAACAAGCAUUAAAACAGCAAGAGCAGGUCCAGGCCAAUGAUUCCCAACCAGAUACAAGUCACUUCAAUAAGCCUUACAUUUUCUAAUUAUUCCAGACAGAAAUUUGUGCUGAUUUAAUUAAUGUGCCAUGUUUUCAUACAACAGUAAACUGAAAAACGGAAUAGUUUGUCAUUCUAUUGUAACUCUUUUGUUGCUUUUUUUGAUUAUAUAUUUUCUAUAACAAUUGCAUUGAAUCAUCCAAAUAAAGAUGUUAAACUUG